AUGUCUGAUAUAAACAUAUUUAUAACUUCAGAUUUAACAUCUUCAGAAAGAAGAAUAUCACCUCAAUGGAAUUUAAGAUAUUUAAAAGAAAAAUUACGUACAAUUACAGGUAUUGAACCGGAUUCUCAAAUUAUAAAAUAUUUUCCAAAUCAAUAUUCAAAUGAAUUUAAUGAAAUUAAAAGUGAUAAUGAUGAAGAAUUAUUAUUAUCUCAAUUAAAUUUAAAGUCAAUGUCAAGAAUUCAUGUUGAAGAUUUAAAUCCGGAUUCUAUAUCACAUCAAUUAUCAAACGAUAAUGUUAAAGAAUAUAAAUAUACUGAAGAGGAAUAUAAGACAAGAUCAAAUUCAGUUUUAAAUUGGAAACAAUCAAAUAAAUUAGGUAGAUUUGAUCCAGAAUAUGAAGAAAUUUUAAGACAAACACAAUUAGAAAAUGAAGAAAAAAUUUCUAAAAUGUCAAUAGGAGAUCGUUGUAGAAUUAUUAAUAUAGAAGGUGAAAGAAGAGGUUGUAUUAAAUUUAUUGGUAGAAUUGAAUAUUUAGAUAAAGGUGAAAAUUACUGGAUUGGUAUAGAAUUUGACGAACCCGUCGGUAAAAAUAGUGGUUAUAUGGGUGGCAAAAAAUUAUUUGAUUGUAAACCAAAUCAUGGAAGUGUAGUUAAACCAAAACAAGUUGAAGUUGGUGAUUUCCCAGAAUUAGAUCCAUUUGAUGAUGAUGAUGAAGAAUUAUAA